AUGUCUUCUACUGAAUCAGGUAUGGGGCUCAUAGUCACUGCACAACAGACAUACUACCCAAUAAAUUUGUCUAAUGCAGAACUGCUGUCACAUUACGAAACACUCCAAGAGUACCACGAAGACGUCUCUGCUCAUGCAUUACAACAAUCCAAUAAAUACAAACCAACCCCCAAACUGAUAGACCAACAACCAGAGAUGCCACCGCAGGAGACAAGAACUCAAAUCGUCACUUUCCUUUACGAAUUAUCAGUCAUGACCAGAGUAACGCACGGUAUCUUCUCUCAAGCGGUAAGAUUGUACGACCGUUAUUGUUCCAAGAGAGUUGUCCUAAAAGACCAAUCCAAAUUGGUUAUCGCUACUUGUCUAUGGCUGACUGCAAAGACUUGGGGUGGUUGUAACCAUAUUAUAAAUAACGUAGUCAUCCCCACCGGAGGGAGGUUCUUUGGUCCAAACCCAAGAGCAAGAAUUCCAAGAUUAUCAGAAUUGGUACAUUAUUGUAAUGGCAUCAAUGAAGGUUUUGACGAAUCCAUGUUUUGUCAAAUGGAAAUGCAUAUCUUGGAUACUUUAAACUGGGAGAUAACAGAACCAUUAAUAAAUGAUUAUGUAUUGAACGUGGAUGAGAACUGUUUGAUGCAAUAUGAGUUAUAUCAAAGACAAGUGGACCAAGAGAAACAACAAGAGUGGAAAAGACAGUCUCAAACUUCCCAGGAGAGUGAUGCUACUGUCGAUGAUAAUUCUUCUGCUAAUACUGACAACGAGGAUCUAACAACGAAGAUCCAAAUAAUUAAUUUGAAGAAAUUCUUAGUUGACUUGGCCUCUUGGCAAUAUGAUUUACUAAAUUUUGAAACUUAUGAAGUGGCAUUGGGAAUUUGCUCCAUUAUAAAUAAAUUCACUAACCAGGAACAAAGCUCAUUCCUAAUAACACCCAUGACACAACCUACAAACCAAAUCCAACUACUAAAUAUCUUUAUCACUGCGGUAAUUAAUGCUCCAUCAUCAUUGAUUCAAAUUUAUAAAGAACAAGCUGGGAUAACCACAUUCGUCGCCAAAGUAAAAUCCUAUCAUCUGGAAUUACAAAAGAAAUUACAAUUGGCUUCAGACAUCGAAUUACAAAGGAAACUAACCCUUCAAUCAUGUUAUUCACAACAGGAAAUCCCCACUACAACACAAUAUUCAAAUACAUCAUCUCCCGUAUAUCCAUCACAAAAUUAUACUCCGAUGAGAAAUGUAAGUGCACAAUCGGAAAGUAGCGUGUUUAGUACCGCUAUGGAACAUUCCUCCCCCAUGACACCAACCAUGUAUUAUUUCAAUAAGAUAAAUAACAGUAAUACUAAUGGAAGUUCCAUAAGCAUUAACAGUUUACCAAACCCCACAGGAAGACAAUCCUACGACCCUAAUGAUAAGGAAAACCAAAUACCGAACGACAUGACAAUGCCCCCUAGAGUCAAAUUCAUUAACACGGGGGUCUCACAUUCUCCAUUGACCAAUAUGUUCAUUAACAGUGAUGAGUCCAACAGCAGACUAUCAUUGAACUCAAUGCCCGUGGAGACUAAUGCCCAUAUUUAA